CUGGAAAUAAAGCCACCGACAUGGCAGCAAAUGAAACUAGUUACCCAUAUGCUACAUUUAUGGAAACAGGAUGUUGCACAAGAAAUGUUUAAGAUACCCAAACACUGCUCAGCAUUUCUGCACACCACCACUCACUGCUGCUUAUUUCUUGCCUUCAAGAAGCAUCUUAUUUCCUCAAGCAUGUUGUCAGAAGCGUAUCUCUGUCGAAUUCCAUAUCAUGAUCGUUUGAAUGCCAAGCACUGCAGCAAGCCAGAAGAAACAGUACAUGAGAUGAGGUCUUUGAAUGGUGUCACCUACACAUCUACAGAGGAAACACAGGGCACAAAUCUCUUUUGGAGAUGUAGAUCUGUUGGCAAGUUAAUCUUCUCUGUCUGUUCCAAAGAAAGCAGGGACAGCAGAAGGCAGAAGGAUUCACUGACCCAGGCUACUCCAAAGCCAGUAUAUGAAAAGCAGACAUCUUCAGCUGUGGAAAUCUGCAUGGAAUCUGCUGCAAGUAGAGACACUUAUCUGGUUCCACCUUCCUGUAAAAGCAUUUGUAAGAAUUACAAUGACCUGCACAUAGCUGGUGAUCAGGUGUUGCCGAUGAGCUCAGUAAAAGCAGAUUUUACUUAUGACAGUGGGAUAGGCCCAUUCCUGGAAUCAUCAGAGAUCCCACCGCCUGUGGAAUCCAUAGUAAUGCCACAUGCUGAAGUUCCUCACAAGCCAACCCAAGGGUAUUCAUCAUGCUGGCGAGUGGGCAGCAUGCAACACCAGCAGCCCCUCUCUAAUUCCAUACUGAAUGAUUACUUGGAGGAGAAGGUGGUGGAACUGUACAAGCAGUAUAUUAUGGAUGGCAUGGGAAACAAUGCAUCACCCACACAGAUUUUGGCAUCAGAGUUCAUCAUGACCAAUGUAGAUCAAAUUACCAUGAAAUUGUCACAAGACAAGAACAUGAAGACCACCAAAGCCAAAGACAUGGUCAUUAAUUGCUUACUGAGACUAGCUAGUGGGAAAGUGUCUACUGAAAUCAGCACUCCUAGUCUUCAGUUUUCUGAUUUCAGCACUGUAACUAAAUAAAGGCCAUCUGCA